AACACGGAGUUUGACCAGUCUACUGUUCGCCUGCAACAGUGACGGCUUGCGAGUCUAAAACUUAGCGGCCGGCCGAGGAGGUUGGUCACAAGGCCACCGCUUUCAAAAAUUAAUUGUGAUUUUUGUUAAAUAAUUGUAGGCAUUUUGCCUGGACAUGUGGAGCUGGUGUCAACAUUUCCUAGAAUUUUGUUUGAAAAGGAACUGCAGAAAAAACAAACUUAUUUGCAUUUGCUAUAUAUAAAUGAGUAAGAUGGAUAGAUGGCAUCAAAUCUCCCAUCUCAACAGUUUCAGCAACAAUGAACAGUGCAAUGUACAGCGAUCAGGUGGAGGCUAAGAGAAGAGGAGAGCAACAAAGAGUCUUUAGCUUACAGAGUGGUCUCCCUGGAGGAUGGGAGAAGAGGUUGGACUCAACUAAUGGCCGCUUCUAUUAUGUUGAUCAUGAGACUAAGACCACUCACUGGAUCAACUAUCAGAGAGCACGAGAAGCGGAGGUGGAGAGACGCCAACCACCCCCUCAAACACCCCUACAACCUUCUGUACCGCCCCAUCAACCUACCAGCACACCGCCCACUCAACCUAUCAGCACACUGCCCACUCAACCUACCAGCCAACCGCCCCCUCAACCAGCAAUAGCUCCCCCUAAGGAAUCAGGAGUACCUAGUGUGGAUAGAACUGCUAAACUAUCCUCUGAUGGAACUUUGACCUCUGAUACUGGCCCUGUAGUACCGGAUUGGAGCAAGAAGCCUGUUGCUAAGCAACCCAUCAUUGUCAUGACUCCUGCAAUGAAGCAACAAAAACAACAAAACCUUCAAGCUGUGUUUGGGAAGAGGAGACAUGUACUGACGGGUCUGCGUAACCUUGGCAACACAUGCUACAUGAACUCCACCCUCCAAUGUCUUGCGUGCACUAGUCCAGUCAUUCAAUACUUCAUCAGUGGCAGCUACCAGCAGCACAUCAACCAUUCCAAUCCCCUGGGCACACGAGGACAGAUUGCUAUGGAGUUUGCGUGGCUCAUGAAGGCACUCUGGUCUGGAGGAUACAAGUCUGUCUCUCCCCGGGACUUCAAGGAUAUGAUUGGUCAGUUUGUGCCACAGAUGAAAGGUAAUGACCAACAAGACUCUCAGGAAUUCCUAGCGUUCCUAUUGGACGGACUACACGAGGACAUGAACAAGGUCAUGAAGAAGGUGUAUAUAGCCGAAGGUGGAGGUCAAAGUACAGAUCAGUCCAAAGCCGCUCAGCUAGCGUGGGAGAAUCAUCUCCGUAGAAACGAUUCAAUCAUUGUCAAAUUCUUCCAGGGAAUGUUUCGGAGUAGCAUCAGAUGUAUCGGUUGUGGGAAGAGCUCUGUGACCUUUGAACCCUUCAUGUACCUGAGCCUGCCGAUCCCGCCAGAUCAAGGUUCAUACUCUCUGGAAGAUUGCAUCAAAAUGUUCAUUAAGACAGAAACUGUCGAAUGGAACUGCCCUAAUUGUAAGGACACCCGAGGCAGUGCUGUUAAGAAGAUGGACAUAUGGAGACUCCCUCCAGUCCUCCUCAUUCACCUCAAGAGGUUCUCCUAUCAGGGACUGUGGAGAGAGAAGAGGCAGAACACCAUCAACUAUCCCGCAGAGUCGGCUCUGGAUAUGACCAAGUUUAUGGCUGGUUCUAAAGGUUACAAAAGCUUCUCCCUCUACUCAGUCUCCAACCAUUACGGUACUCUGACUGGUGGUCAUUACACUGCGUGCUGUCGCAAUCCCUACAAUAAAGCAUUCUACAAUUUUGAUGACCACGAAGUCAAAGAAGCGCUCCCAAGACAAGUCAAGAGUGCGGCUGCCUACAUCCUAUAUUAUAGUGCAGUGGAUCUCACUCCAGCUAAAAUGAGCUUCACUUAGUCAACAAACAUAAACAGUUAAUAUCAGUGUUUUGUGUUCAUUCAAUGCUGCUUAAGUUAGUCUUGCUCGGUUAUGAGAUAAUUAUUUCUGUAAACUGUUUGUUUGAAGCGUGACUUCCAUAUAAUUAUUGCUAAAUCAA